CCUGCUAUUCUGCCAUGCUCUCCAGGAUUUUCAUGAAGGCCUCAAAUCAGUAAGAAAAUGAAGAAAUCUCCUAAAGCAUGAACAUGGACAUCCUGAUGGCCUUAUUCACAUUCAGGAUUCCCGCAGUGGCUGCUCCACCAACAUUAACGACUCCUCUUCACAUGAAAAGGUGAUCGUCAGGAACACCCUAAUGAAUUGUUCCAGCAAGACUUUUAGCCUGGGCUGACCACUUCAGCUACACAUCAGCACCGAGUGAGGACUGCGACAACACUCUCCUGUGCAGCACUUUACUCUCCAGCAAACGAGAUGGAGAACCAGACAGGGAACUUGGGCACUCCGUUGUCUCUCUCAGAUCCAGCCAGCAGUGCUCAGAAGGCUCUGCUCAGCAACACCACCACCUACCUGGCUAAGAUUGCCAUUGUUCUCCAUGAUGCUCCAGACAAGAUGCUCACCUUUACUCAGCUGAUGGACAAGCUGACCCUGUUCUUCUCUGAGGAUCGAAAAUCUAUUGAGAACAACGUCAGAGUUUGUUUGUCAACAAACAAAUGUUUUGUCAAGGUUCCAAUUGUGCCAUAUUCACUCAAUAGUAAGAGAAACUACUGGAAGUUGGAUUUGACUCAGAUCACAGCGAAGAUGAUACGUCGGCACUUCAGAGGCAUCCUGCAGCUCUUCCCCGAUCUGGCCUGUGAGAUGCAAAAGGAAAACCUGAGCUCCCGUGAACUUGAAGCUCGCAGAUCUGUUCGUAUCCAGCGUGAGGUGAAGUUCAGAGGUCCUUUCUCCAUUGAUUCCCUCCUAAAAACUGAUGAACACUCUGCUCAGAACCCCGGAGCUUCUCCUCUCUCUGGUGCUCCUCUCAGAGUGGAACAGCUGCCUUAUUAUACACCAUCCAAACAAGAUGGAACAAAGAGAAGCUUCGGCUGGGAAUCUGAGGAGCCUCUUACCCUAAAAACUGCAGCAGUAACUUCCCCCAUCUACUUAGCUGAUGGCAGCAGUUAUUUUGAAUGUGGAGCUGUUCACCCCAUCAAGAUGACGCCUGCUUACCCUGAGGCCACAGUCUUCCCCAGACCCACUGCCUCCUAUUACGCCACCCCACAUGGCAGUUAUGCAACAUCUCUACCAGCAUUCAUGCAUGAUGCUCGAGGUUUUUGGUUGUAAUCCUUCUCCCCACCCCUGUUUCUCCCUCCCUACAUCUCUCCUCUUUUGUGCUCAGUUAUGUGUAGAUGCCUCUGGGUUUGCGGUUACCAGCAAACCACUCACCUGGAAUAUUUAAGAAACAGUUUCUUCCCUUGAUUUUCACUAUGUUGUUCUGCCCUCUCUAGUGGUCAUGUUUGAAGCUAGGACAGGGACAGAAAAAAGGCAACUUCUUGCUCUCGUCUCCAGGAAGCUCCCGGUGUGUUGUCUGCUCAGUAGGAGUACCCGGCACCCACUUGGACUUUGAUUCAGGAACCUUGGAUUUCUUUCCUGCCUGCCCCAUCAUCCGUGAGCCUUGUAGCUCUGGAGGUAACCCCGUUGCCAAAUUUCCAUGUUGUAAAAAAUCCUUUGAACUGCUCCUGUCUGUGUUUAGAUCUUUCUGCCCUUAUGAAAUCAUCACAUGCUCAAAAUUGUGCCCUGAACUCAGAUUCUCUUGAUGUAUGCGUAUCUGAUGCAGAGGAUUGUGGGUACAAUUCUCUGGAAAAGGCAGCAUAAGCUAGCUGGACAUUGUGGUAGCGGGCAUAUUUUACUGUAUUGUAGAUACUAUGUUGUGUUACUAUAUUUUUUUGUUCUUCAUUGUACAACUUACAAAGUAUAAUUAUUAGGGGAAUUGUAAAACAUUAUUUUGAACAUGGCAUGUGUAGUGUACGGGAAUGCCCAGCUCCCGAGGACAUUGAUUGAGAAUAGUGGGCGUAGUAGUGGGAGGUGCUUAGGUAACAAAAGGCCAUGCACCAGGUGUGGUAGGCUUUUGUCUUGCUCAGCGUACGGGUUGAUUCAACACAGUCCUCUAAGCUAUGUGCAGUAAAUGUCUCUUCUAAGGCUACAUGAGUCACUAUAGGUGAUUAACUGAUAACUUGGGGGCUGUAUGUUUUUCUUAGAGAGAUGCCAUAAACUUUAAGGAAAAAACAAGACAAACUAGUGUCAGUUAAGUACCUUUCAACUCAUUGUGUUAUUAUAUUUAUACAGGUCAAUGUCAAAGCACUUCCUCGGGAAUCUUGACCUGUAGCUGCCUGAACUGUGGGGAUUUAAGAGUUUGUUAACAUGUUUGAUGCAUUAAUGCAAUUCAUGUUUGUUGUGUUAAUGCUGUGCGUGAUUCUAACCGUUCUUUGUUUCUUUUGAAAUUCCAGUCAAGUGUCGAUUAUUAUCCACUGGAGUUUUUAACUGUUUCUUUUUCUUUUUUUCUGUGUUAUUUUAGAGAUUGUGUCAUUGAUAUUUUAACCCUGGUCCUGCUCUCCCUUGUAGGUUUCCUGGUAGCUUCUCUGGGAGUAGUACUGAAGUAACUGAAUUGUGUGAAGUAGUAUUUGGAGUGGUAUCACAGAAUUAGAGUGUAGUAACUGAAUAGUGCUCCACACUGUGCUGCAACCUCUGUCUCCUUGUUUCUUAACUGAACUUUUUAGCUGAACCAACAUGUGUUUUGCUUUUUUGGGGGGGUUGUUUGUUGUUGUUUUGUUUUUUUUAAAUUCAUUGAUUAUUUUUUUGCAUAGUUAAUAAAGCUGCUUGUAACAGCGC